AUGUUGCCGCCCAAAUUUGGAAAUGCGCGGUACCCCACGGAGCGCCGAGCCAGCUUGAGAUACGACGCAAGCCUAGUGGGCAUGCGAUACGAGAAGACUGUCCCGGCAGAGCCUCCGAUCCCAAUCAUCUCGCGGAAUCCCGCCCGACCCUCGCGUCGGCCUUCAUCUUCGUCGGCCUCGUCCCACAGCUCCUUCCACAGCUCCUACCACCGUCCUGUCGUUGUUCCGCCUCCGGGGAGCAUCGCUCCGCCGACCGAGGAGCACCCGGCUCUGCGAGGCACGGCUUCAUCUUCACCGUCUCCCCGGACGUCCCCUGUCUCGGCAUCGGAGGAGUGGAAGCGGGACUCGGGAGUUGCCAGGGCUAAUUCCACCUCGACCAUCCACGAAGAGGAGGACGAGGACGACUUUGCGGACUCGCUGUGCGAGCAGGCUUGCGGUAGCAUCGCUGUGGUGCCAUCUUCAGUCUCGUCUCUGGCGGCGUCGGCUGUGUCGCGGCCCAGUACGACGGUGCGGCACAUGGAUGAUCCAUUCGUGGACCAGAAUAGCAUCACCGCUCCUCUAGAAUCGGUGUCCAGCGCCGCAUCGUCUGUCGUGUCCAACGCUGGCUGCACCACGCCGCCUCCUCCACCGCCGGCGUCCCACUCGCAUCCUGCAACACCCACUCGGGCCAGCAGGGCUCUUCCUAUCCCCAUUCCCUUCUCCAAGUCAGCCAAAAUCCCUUCUUCCCCGUCGUGCCCUGCUCCGGCUGCUACCUCGAGCUCCUAUCCUCCUGCUCCCCCUCCUCCUUCGACUUCAUCCUCACCGCGUUCUUCUUUUUCCACCUCCCCCCGCAAAUUCGUCAAGAGCCUCAGUUUGCGGUCAGGGCAGCGUCUUGGCAAGAAGAGCCUAUCACAGAUGCUCAGCACGCCAAUGCAGCCCCUGUGGCGGGGCUCCUCCACCCCGGUCUCCAGCACCUCCAGCGACUCGAGCGCCCCGACCGGCACCACCACGUCCACCGCUGCCGCUGCCCCUGGCACUACGGCCAGCGCUACCGCCAACGCUACAGCCACUGAGACCGCUAUGGCUGGGCCCAAGCAGGCGCCAUCGUGGUCCCCCAAGGGCUCUUCCCGUUUUUGGCACAGAUCCCGGUCCUCCACUAAUAGCACUACCACCUCGGCGGGGACCAUUUCAUCUGAUUGCGAUCUCCCCUUCCUCCCCCUCGACGUCUCCAUCCCCUGUGAUAGUCUUCUUGAUGAUGGCUUCAUGAACUCUGUCACCUUCUCCAACCGCGGUAGCAUCAUGUUUGGUGCUCAGGAUAUUAUCGCCCUCGACGGCGCUGUCGACCAAGACAACAAGUCACUUGAUCCCUCCCCCGCGACCACAAAAACUGCUAUCGACAACGAUGGACGCGCCACUCCCACAACACCAACCGCUCCCUCCCUCACUUCUCCCACAACGCCGACUCGGGUUGCCACUCCUACGACGCCCGUGUCACAGUCUCUUCCUCGACCCAGCGACGAGUCCAACGACAUGAAUAAAUCGGAUAGGAGGGGUUCCCCUCAGGGUCAGAUGUCGCCCCCCGACAUUCGCGUCUUGGCCGCCGACGUGGAGAAGGAAUCUCAAAAGGUGAGAUCGCUCUAUACUGUUGGCGAUGGUUCCCGCGGUGAGCCCGGCAAGAGGCGCUCGUACUGCGAGCGUCUCGAACCGACUCCCGAGGUCCCAUCCGAGGAGAAUGAACUUGACCCUGUUCGCGGUCGCCUUUCUCCAGCCUGGCAAAUGCCCGCGUCUGGAAGUACUUUUUCCCCGCGCUUUGAGACGCCUGGUGGACUCGAGGAUUGGUGUGAUCUUGAGGGCGCCCACGUUGACCGAUACGGAUUCAUUACUGUGCCCCCACCAAGAAUCGGCACCCCGACAGAGACCAGAUCUGCAUCCGGCUCGCCUAGAAGACGUAACGUAUUACUGAAGCGAGAUGCAUAUGGUAUAUCGUCAACACUCAGCGGUCGGCGUACCCCAACGAGGAAGGUCUCUGCCAGGUCGCUGAACACACAGACAUCUGAACUAUCGCUGUCAACGUCGCUUCGGUCGUCCCGAUCCGUCAUUCGUCAGGCCAGCAACCUGUUGCCCCAUAACCGCGACAGGCGAUGGAUGGACGAAGCGGGGGAUAUGCUCAACCAAGCGCCAAGCCUCCAAGAUAUUGUCGACGAGAUUCAGGCCGAGAAGUUGACGGAGGUGAUGAAGCGCAAGGAAUGGGAGAGGUCAGAAAAGUGGAGGAAAAUGGCCAAGGUCGUCCGCAAAGGCAGCGAAGGCCAAGGCAUGGAGUUUGAGUUUGACUCCAAGAACCCGAAACUCAUCGAGAGAACGUGGAAGGGUAUCCCCGAUCGAUGGCGGGGAGCGGCGUGGUGGUCCUUCAUGGCCACCAGCGCCAGGGAACACCAAGACUCGACCGCAGAGGAUCGGAUCGUGGCCGAGUUUCAUCGGUUACAGCUACGGAGCUCGCCGGACGAUGUCCAGAUUGACCUGGACGUGCCUCGGACAAUCAGCCGCCAUAUCAUGUUUCGACGGCGUUACCGAGGCGGUCAACGACUGCUAUUCCGUGUCCUUCACGCCAUCUCGAUAUAUUUCCCCGAGACGGGCUACGUACAAGGCAUGGCAUCGCUGGCGGCGACGCUGCUGUGCUACUUUGAUGAGGAGAAGUGCUUUGUCAUGCUGGUGCGAAUGUGGCAGCUGCGUGGGCUUGCACGUCUCUACCGCCCUGGCUUUGAGGAGCUCAUGGCUGCGAUGAGCGACUUCAGUACCAACUGGCUUAACAAAGAAGUCGCAAGUAAGCUGGUCGAGCUCUGCAUCGAUACCACGGCAUACGGUACGCGCUGGUACCUUACUCUAUUUAACCUUUCCGUCCCUUUCCCAGCGCAGCUACGAGUAUGGGAUGUCUUUCUCCUAUUGGGCGACGACACGUCUGCAUCAAGCGACUCGACGGCGCCCCGAAAGCCCGGAACCAAUCCUCCCUCAUCAGGUGAAUACGAUGUCUUGCAUGCUACAAGUGCGGCAUUGGCUCAAGCCUUGCGGGAGGUUCUGCUAGACGCGGAAUUCGAGAACGCCAUGAAGGCGUUGACGUCAUCUAUACCCAUCAAGGAUGAAGACUUGCUCAUGAAAGUGGUCAAGGCGGAAUACAAACAACACCACGGCAAAAAGAAGGCGUAG